ACAACCACACAAACCCAACCAAUCAUGGACGUAUUCUCUACAUCCCAAAUCUUCUACGACAGCGCCUGCGCCUCGUCGCCUGAAGCUUUGGACUUCGGCCCUGGAGGGGAACUGGCCGGGUCUGAGGAGGACGAGCACGUCCGGGCCCCCGGUGCCCCACACCAACCAGGCCACUGUCUGCAAUGGGCCUGCAAAGCUUGUAAGCGCAAAGCCAGCACGGUGGACCGCCGAAGAGCCGCCACUAUGAGGGAACGCCGCAGGCUGAAGAAGGUGAACCAUGCGUUUGAGGCACUACGCCGCUGCACCUCGGCGAACCCCAGUCAGCGUCUUCCCAAAGUUGAGAUCCUGAGGAACGCCAUCCAGUACAUCGAAAGCCUUCAGGAGCUUCUUAGGGAACAGGUGGAGAACUACUACAGCCUGCCUAUGGAAAGCAGCUCUGAGCCAGCCAGUCCAUCCUCGAGCUGUUCUGAAAGCAUGGUUGACUGCAACAGUCCUGUGUGGCCUCAGAUGAAUCCUAACUUUGGGAAUAACUACAGCUUCGAUGCACAAAAUGCUAGCGCAGUGGAUAGAACUCCAGGAGCGUCCAGUUUGCAGUGUCUCUCCAGUAUUGUGGACAGGCUGUCCUCUGUAGAUACAGGAGUUGCAAUGGGAAUGAGGAACAUGGUCGCUCUCUCGCCAACUGGAAGUGAUUCCCAGUGCAGUUCUCCAGACAGUCCCAGCAACAGACCAGUCUACCACGUCCUGUGAGAAGGACACUCCAGCCUGAUUAUCUGCUUCCACAGAACAAUCUGCAGAAUCUGAAUGCUUGCCAUUCACAUUGCAUGUUCAUUUAUGAAGUAUUUUGGAUAAUUGAUAACGCUUUCAGAUGCCAAUAAGAAUGUUGCAGAAGAAACUUUACAUUCUGCCUGGCUUAAAAAAGCCAUACUAUCCAUAAAAACUAUGUUAAUGUAUAGACAGUGGAUUUUUUUACCAUGUUGAUUGACUGUACAGCUGAACUACAUCGAAUUUGGUUUUAUUUAUCAGUAAUAAUCAUUGAGGUACUUAGUAAAUGCUGUUUUUUUGUAUUAGCCUACUUAAUGUUAUCCACGACUUGCCAUUCUAUUGUAAAUAAGAUUGUACAUAAUUUAAAUGACUGUUAUUGUAUUCACGUAAUGUCGUUUCUGUCAUAUUUAAUGAACAUUCUUGCAUAAAAUGACU